AUGAAGUAUUUGAGUCGGACACCAUCGACGUUCAACUUGAUGAUUUUUGCAAAAGAAAGCAAGUUUCAAGAUGCAAAUAUGAGUUUCUUAACGUUCUGUGUGAAGAGUGGUGAUGAACCACUGGGAGGUGAAGGAGAGCAUACACGAGUGGAGUCCAACGGUUAUGGUGAAGUAGAUGAUGAGAAAGAUACUGAUGAUGAGAAAGAUACAGAAGAAUCUAGUGAAGAAGAUAGUGAUGAAAAUCAAAUCGAAUACUCCAUCCAUGAUCUGAAUGUCAAAUGGAAUGUUAUAAAACCAGUUCUCGGAGAAAGGUAUGAGUCCAGACAUCAACUCAAAUUAUGUUUAACAAAUUAUUCCAUCCAUAAGGGUUAUAAAAUUCGUUUCAAGAAGUGUGAUAGUGUUAGACUAGUGGUUGUAUGUGCAACUGAUCCAAAAAAACAAUGCCCUUUUAUGGUUCGUGUUGCAUGGAUGAGUACUGAGAAAUCAUUCCAGGUAAAAAAGAUUAAUGACGGGCAUACAUGUGUUAGGAGUUUUAGUAGUUUAAGAUUUAUGAAUCCAACUUGGUUAGCAAAGCAAUUUGUGAAAGAACUAGUAAGGAAACCAAAGUUAAAAUGCAAGAAAAUGCAGGCAAUAAUUCAAAGUAAAUUUCAUUGUAAGGUCUCAUGGUCAAAGUGUUAUUGA